UUAAGACUCUAAGGUGUUUACAGUCAUGGAUGGCUUUACAGCGGUGUGGCGAGGAACUGACUAUGACUUGACAAGGAAUUAACCAUGACAUUCAGUUAAUUAGUGCCGUUCCAGAGUUUGAUGACAAGCGACACAGUAUUCUUACCUGGAUUAAAUCUUAGCGCUGCCACCAGUGGUUAUUGGAGAGAACCCGUUAUAUGGCUAUUAUGCAGCGUUGCCGUAUUUCGAGAGUUCUUUUGCCGAGGUAGCAAAAACGUACCCAACGGCGUUCGCCAACACCACACGAAGAGUACUGUACAAGCCGGGAAAUUCUGCCUGUCCGGAUGCCGCGGCGGCUAUGAACAUUCUAGUCGGGGAAAUUUACCAAAUUAUUAAACAAUCACAAUCUUUUAAUGUGAUUCUGGCACCAGGUUGCAGUUUAGAACUAGUUCCUUUGGGAGAUUUUGCGAGAGAGGUUAACGUUCCGCUGUUGGCAAGCACCUCCACAGAUGCCAUGUUUGCCAAUGUAAAACGAUACUCGACUUUUCUCUCCUUUGGAUCCACGGGUCAAGGCGGCCAUGCCGCGGCGAUUAAAGCCUUUCUGGAUUACUACAACUGGACGACCGUUACGUUGUUCUGCGAUGCGUUCUCCGCAUUUCCGACGGUAGCGGCAUUUUUGGGAGCCCAUUGCCGAUCGAUAACGUUCAUUUUAAAUGUGGCGGGAAAAUACAGUUUCUACUUGGAAUCGUACGACUCCAAGUUCGGUCGGGAUUACGAAGCACGCUUGCUGCGAGCCAAACGCCAGAGCCGAAUCGUUAUUAUCCUCGCAAGAGCGGAUGAACUGCAGAAAAUUAUGGUUUUGGCGCACACCCUGAACAUGACAAACAGCGAAUUUGUUUUUCUCCACUGUAUUCCGGUGCAAGGCCCUGAUUAUGUUCCCAUACAAAUCGAUACCGGCACCGUUCAUGAUAAGGUCAGCUUUAUCUGUCAGGCAAAACUGGGAAUUUCCUACUGGAUUUCCGUUUAUUCCCAGGACAUCUUCGAAGCGUAUAAAAGCCUAAUAACGUUGAAUUUUCCACUCCCCGACUACGUCGAACUGGCACCCUUCACGGAUUCUGUGGCGCUCAACUCGCAGUUAAAUUUUCAUCAUAAUUACACAAUCGAUGAAAAGAACAAUGAAAUAACUCUCGCGAUACCGGAGAUGAUGACAGCCGUUGGAGAGGUUUUGAAUGAAUUCGACAAAAACCUUGCGCCACUUGACACAACAACAUUCCGCAAGGCCUUUCUUAACCGUUACUUCCGGACCAACGUCCGACCCUUGAUAAUGGGUGGCCUGGGAAUGCGGCUGUGUGACUCGGUUUUCUCCCGGCUGAAUGUGACAACUAGAAAAUUUGAGUCGGCAUGGUAUUACAACUUCGCCUCAACCACAUUGCAAAAAACCUCGCUAUUGGCGGAUGACUGGAACGGUGCCGGUGUGCCUCCGCUAAACGAACCAAUGUGUGGAUACCGUGGUGACCGCUGUCUCUUAAGUGACAACAUCACAGCAGUUAUUGCCGGAUCGGUUUGCGGUAUUGUCUCAGCCGCCGCUAUAAUCUUUUCUGGAUUUUACUAUUUCAUAAAAAAAUCGACCAAAUUCGAUCAGAGUGGUUGGUGGAUGCUCGAACCACAGUCGUUUGUCACGGAUGGCAACAAACCCACGGUUAAUGUCGGCGUCCAAACUAUGCAGAUUAAUAGCGAGUGCCUGUGGCUGCGCACGGAGAGCAUCAAUACGCGAGACGGUGAUAUUUUGUUGAUGCCUUCGAUUCGCGUUCUUUUCUCUCAACUUCGACAGGUGCGGCAUCAAAAUAUUUCCCACUUUCGCGGCAUCAUCAUACUGACACCUAGUACAACAUCCGUAGUAUGGGAUGGCGGCCGGGGAACGCUGCGGUUAUUUCUGUCCAAGGAGGCGAUUAUAUCGGAUGCGAUUGUGCAGCUCCAUCUUGUUUUCAACAUAAUUUCGGGUUUACAAUAUGUACACUUACAAACACCGUUUCGGUUCCAUGGGAGCCUAUCCAGCAUGUCUGUGAUCCUCGACAGCCGGUUUACGGCCAAAUUAUGUGAUAUCGCAUCAAAGAGUUUCUACCAGAUUUUGUACAAAUCGCCUUUCAUCAUUACGGAACAAGAUGUCAUGGUUGGUCCGGAACGGAAGGUUGCCGGUUCUCCAGAAAUGGACAUCUUUGCCCUGGGGGUCAUAAUUUAUGAAAUACUGCGUGGAUCAAAAAUAUCACCCAGCGAAACCCUUGAUAUUAAUGCCAUAAAGUAUGAAAAUAUGCCUUUCCAACUCGCCGUAACUUCUGUGAUUUCUCAGUGUACAGCAGCCGAUCGACUAGCGCGACCAACCAUUAAACAAGUGAUAGAACGUCUGAGCUCGUUCCAGCCAAAGGGCAACGUGGUGGCCAGUAUACUGGAGCGGCUGGAACGACACGCAGAACAUUUAGAACACACCGUUGCCCAUCGAACGCAAGAGUUGCUGCUAGAACGACAAAAAGUGGACGUAUUACUAGCGGAAAUAAUUCCACCGUCAAUCGUUUCAAAACUACGGAAUAAAAUCAUCGUUCCGCCAGAACGCUUUGAAGCCGUGACCAUUCUGUUCAGCAGUAUGGUCGGUUUUGACCUUUACUGCAAAGCCAAAUCUCCGCUGGAAGUCGGCGUCUUUCUCAACGAACUCUACACAUUCAUCGAUGGGUAUUUGGCGUCGUUUAAUGUGUACAAAGUCGAGACCAUCAAGGACGGUUAUGUUGUGGCGAGCGGCGUACCAAUCAGGAACGGUGACGAGCACGCCAAAGAGAUCGCCCAGUUUGCGCUGCUGGUACUUGGCAAUUGUACACCGGACAACCUGAAGCAUCAUCUGCCAAUAAGGAUAGGAAUACAUACAGGUCCGAUAGCUGCCGGCGUUGUCGGGUCCGUGAUGCCGCGAUACUGCUUGUUCGGAGACACAAUGAAUACAGCAAGCCGUAUGGAAAGCCAUGGAGAAGAGUCGAAAAUCCACGUGAGCCCAGCUGCCAAGGAAUACUUAGCCGCGGAUAAACGUUUUAACCUCCAGUGUCGUGGAUCUAUCAUGAUAAAGGGCAAGGGCUUGAUCGAAACCUUCUGGCUAAGCGGCGCUACCUAACUGCUUCCGGAAAAACACUUUCUUGCCACGGAAUGCGCAUCAUUGCCAUUGAUAACCAUAUCACUUUUUUAAUGUACAGACUGUACAUGUUUGCUGCACACUGUCUGUACGUUGUGCGCCCGGUGUGGACGCUUUCCGCAACUCUCAGCAAUUUUACAAAGCGAAUAACUUUCUUGGCAAUUUGCUCAGAAUACGGCUGGUGCAAAUAUUUGGACUAACAAAUACAUAUGUUUGUUAUACUCCGUAUGUUGUAAAUUGGAUUUAGGGGCAUACAACAUUAG